GCCGAUAAACCGAGGGAGUCUCCUUGGACCGCGCGCGUGUGUCGAGUGCGGGGCUGCGGGCGAGUGCGUGGGGUGCUGCCACGAUGCUGACCUGUCCCAACUGCCACCACGUCCUGGCGGCUCACUCCUGCUGUGGCCUCAACCUCACGGUCCCGUCGGCCGCGUUCCCGCCGUCGGCGACGUCAGGAGCCUCCGUCCCCUCGGCGGCCAUGCUCGGCCCGCGCCUGGGCCCUCCGGGGGGGCGCGCCGCCCUCGCUCAGCGUCAGCGCCCCCCCGCAGCCGCAGGCGCUCGCCACGCCGCACAUCAGCGGCCACAUGUUCCACUUCCCGACGGCGCUGCCCAUGGCCGGCCUGCCCGCCUGCCACGGCGCCUGCCACGUCGCCUGCCACGCCAGCCUGCACACGCCCUGCCUGAACCCCUGCCGCUCGCCAUGGCAGUGGCCAGAUAGUGGCGGUUCCCUGCCGGGCCCUGCCAUGGCCGCGCGCAUGCACACGUCAGGCGGAGGCAUCGUCGACGAGGGCGCCAAGGCGGCGGCGGCGGCGGCGGCGGGCGCAGCGGCGGCGGUGCACGCGAACGGCGUCGGCUGCGACUGGACCGCGUGGGACGACGAGCGCGUGCUGGGCGCGACGCGGCGCAUGCUGGGCGAGAGCGGCUGGUACUGGGAGCGGCUGUCGUGGCGGCAGGCGGAGACGCUGCUGCAGAGCACGAGCCUCGGCACCUUCAUCGUGCGCGACUCGGCCGACACGCGGUUCCUGUACUCGCUGAGCGUGCAGACGGAGCGCGGGCCGACCAGCGUGCGCAUCCACUACGCGUCCGGCAAGUUCCGCCUCGACUGCGAGUCGCACAUGGCGGCCACCAUCCCCGACUUCUCCAACGUGAUCGCCCUGGUCGAGCACUACAUCCGGGUCAACCAAAAGCUGCAGAAACACUUCUGGGUGGACGCGCAGGGCAAGGUCUACUGCCCCAUCACCAUCCGGCAGCCGCUGAAGAGGGCGGUGCCGUCCCUCAAGCACCUGUGCCGCCUGGCCAUCAACCUGGCGGUGCCCCGCUCCUGCAGCGCCCUGCGCCUGCCGCCCUCGCUGUGCCAGUACGUUGACGAGUACCCCUACUGGUGCUAAUGGCGGGCGUGCGGGCGUGCGGGCGGCGGCGGGAACUCAGGGGCAGCGGCGGGGCGGGACGCUGAGCGCGAGAGACUGCGACAGACUCCAUUGAAGCGCGGGACGAAACGCGCCCGAGGCUCGCGCUCGAGGCGUCCACGGAAGCCGGGUAAAAUAGCAUGGAAGUUUUUACAUACGUCAUAAUAGAAAUAGUAAUGUAUUUUUUAAGGGAAAGUUGUCUACUAAGAAUAUAUUGAAGUUCAGUGUCGGAUACAACAUUCCCCGCGAGUAAAUUCCCGAAGGGCGACCUGAGGACAGGAAGCGAGUCAAACGCGUAUUCAGAAGACCAGCGAUUCUUUUUUAAAUUCCACAUCUUGCGGACUUACAUGACGUGCAAAACAACAAAGCUUUGCACAUUGCAGAGCUGACGUAGUUAUAUAUACAUAUAACCGAAUUUUGAUAGUAAUCUUAAAUAGUAAAUAUUAAAUAGUAAAUAUUCAGGGAUUGUGGGUGUUUAUAUGGCAUUGGCCCGAGAUGCUGAGUCGAUGGUAGGUAGAGAACCUUGUACAUGGCAAUGUAAGAGCUUCCACAUAUUUAAGAGAAAAAGAAAAUAGAAGAGAGAAAGAAGGAACGAAUCUUGGAAAUCAUCAGACGGAUAACCUCUUUACCAAACACUGUGAGUGCGCGGGCUACUUUUUUUCUUCUUUUUUUUAUAUUGGAAUGGACAGAAGUGAAUUGCACUGAACUGCAAUGGGUUCAUGAACACGAGUGUAAGUUAUUCAGAGCGUGAGAACAAAAGCAAUAACGCAGGACUAUUAUUUCGCCGGAAGGACGCUGCUUCUUGCUCAUGUGAGAUCUGGGUGGUUCGGAUCUCAAUUUCCUCUUCUGGAUUCAAAGGACUUAUAAUUUAUAUACAUUUUGGAAUGGAUGACGUAUGCUACUGUUGCAUAAUGCCCUUGUAAAAAAAAUUAUUUCCCACGACUGUUGUGGGAGUCAA